AUACUCGGGGUCGUUAUGUGAUCCGUUAUCGGUUUGGUGAAAGUCUUAACGGUUUAUGUAAUUUACCACCGGUUUUUCGUGAAUAUAUGUAAAUAUCUAAUUGACUCGUGUGUGGCCUCUUGGUCUAGGGGUAUGAUUCCUGCUUUGGGUGCAGGAGGUCCCGGGUUCAAAUCCCGGAGGGGCCCUUCAUUUUGCAUGCCAAAAGGUCACGCGAAUCAUCCCGUACACAUGGUACGUACGUACGUACGUACCUGGUAGAUCAUUCUUCGGAUCGAUCAUAUUGCAAAGAGGGGGAUUAAAGAAUCUUAAAUUUAUCGAUCAUUCAUUAAUUCAUAAAUCGCUUCCAGAUCUCGUACACAUCCACCGAUCCUGCGAAACCCUUUUUGCUUUAAAAAUUUUUUGUUAAUUUUGAUUACAGAAAAUUUGAGUGUGUGUCCGGGUCAUUCGGGACGUUCGAAUAUCCCCGUAACGCGGUAUUCGCCCUUCAGCUGUCGCGGGCUGCAAGUCUGCGACCCGGAGACCAAGAUGGCGCCACGCAGUGAGUCGGUCCAGAAGGUAUCCGAGUCGGUCGUUCAAAUUCACCCCUUGCCAUGGAAAAGUAGUGGAAGAUGUCGUGCCCGUUUUACGCCUGCGCAUUUUCUUCGACAUAAUCGGACACGGGCAAAAACACAGCUGGUCUACGUCUACCAAACCAUUACCACAAACGUCCGCGGGUCUCCUCCGUGCUGUUGAACUCAAACGUUACUUUGCCCAUCGUCUAAUGGUUGCCGUGUAAUAUCAAUAUAAUAAUCACGAAGCGCACUGUGUACUUUAACGCGUAACUCAACGUAAAUUCAGCGAAAUUUUGAACAAUUUUUUUUUCUCCACUUCUAGCGUCCAUUGAGCCCUGAAGUAACACGGUCAAGUAAACACAAAUUUCAUGAACUCCGCGCUCCAUGGGUCCACGUCCCGCGACAGUUAUAUCAGUGCCUGAAAAAAUUAAUUUUUUUUCAAAUGUUUGUGAUGGUUCGUGAGCACCGUGUACGUGCAGUGGAGUAAUAAUAUCUGUCAUCCAGCAAUAGUGGAGUUAGAAAUUUCUCCGCUUUAUUCCACCGAUUUUCCCAUUGCCCUUCGUGCCUACAAAGGAAUCUCAUCAGGGUGCUGCUGCAGGCCUUCAUAUUUUGAUUUACGUUAUUGAUUUGUUGCGCUCCUACUGUUGCCAACUACUACUCAGCUGCUGUUGUCAACUCCAUUCUUUGGCUUCUCACGAUCAGGGUUGAAAAGGAUUCGAAGAAAAAUAAAUUGCAUAAGCACGUUGCUUCGUUGUGGGGUGAUUAUCAUCUGCUAUUGUUGUGCCGAGGGAGAAAAAUUUUUCUCCAGUCUUAAAAAAAAAAACCACUCCAAGCUCUCGACUUCCGCAAUCGAUUCGACGACGUACGUUGAAAACAAAACAUUUUAUCCGGAACAACGUGUACUUCGCAAAUGCCGAUAAACUUACCACGUAUCCGUUAUUAUUCAUCCACAUUUGGUCGGGUCUGCACAAUUUUUCCAAUGCCGUUCAUCUGAGUCAACAAUCUCGGAAACAGCAGACGGAACCCGCGAUCGCCAAGGAAUAUGACGACGAUACAGUGAUGCUACCCGUUACCUAACACAGAUUGAAAUACCGAAGAGAGCCCCGGAUACGAAACAUGGCAUCCACCAGUGGACACAAAAGAAAUGGAUCUAGCUCCAGCAUGUUUGGCCACAAACGGACCGAAUCUGGCGGCGGCUUUAUUGGCCACAAACGAUCGGAGAGCGGACACAAAAGAAACGAGAGUAUAUCGAGCGCGUUCGGACACAAGCGGUCGGAAAGUGGGCACAAAAGGUCCGAAUCCGGCAGUAAUUAUCACGCCGGUCACAGGAGGAACGAGAGCAUGUACGCGAUGACGGGACUCUACGCCGAGAGUGCUGCAGCAGGAGAAGACGCGGACUCGUCACAGCCAAGUAGUAGCAGGUUAACGCACGACACGGUGAUCAGAUGUCACAGUAGAAACCCGAGCUCGGGUCUCGUCGAUCAUAGAGAUUUUAUCAUCAAAUGUCACAGCAGGAAUCCCAGUGCUUCCAUGGUCGACAGGACCGAAAAAGAAAGAGCUCAAACACCGCCGAUCAAUCCGGAUUCCAAGGACUGCGGAAUAUUGACCUGCAGACCUCUUUUUAUACAAAGAUUUGCGGGGAUAAAGGUGUUUGUGUUCCUCCUGUCAUUCUUGGUAACGCUGCAGCAGGCGCUCAGCUCAGGUUACAUAAAUUCCGUAAUAACAACAAUAGAGAAAAGAUUCGAGAUUCCAUCGAGUCUCUCGGGUCUGAUUGCCAGCUCCUACGAAAUCGGCAACGUUAUCACCGUUAUUUUUGUCAGCUAUCUGGGCAGUCGUCGGCACAUUCCCGUCUGGAUAGCAAUAGGCGCGGUGAUAAUGGGUAUCGGCUCAAUGAUUUUCAUGGUGCCUCAUUUCACAGCCGAACCUAAUUUAGGAACAGCUUCCAAUAACUCAAGUUCAGAUAAUAUUUGCCGCGGUGUUUCACUGCGAGAACAAGACAUGGGCUUAGGCCGGCUUUCGUCUGGUUUAUCCUCGCCACCUUUGGCGCCACACAACAAUCUUCGAGGCGACAACUGCAUCCAGGGAUCACCUUCUACCACUGGGCCGGUAAUGCUUUUUGUACUCGCCCAGCUGCUACUUGGAUGCGGUGGUUCUCCACUGUUUACUCUCGGAACGACCUACAUCGACGAUCACGUUCGCCCGGAGAGCGCGUCUUUGUAUAUCGGUUGCAUGUACAGUAUGGCGGCGUUCGGACCUGUGCUUGGAUUUUUACUGGGAGCGUACCUACUCUCAUUUCACAUGGACUCUUUCGCGGGUACCAUCAUCAGCAUAGACCCAGGAGACCACAGAUGGGUCGGGAUGUGGUGGGGUGGAUUUCUGCUCUGCGGAUUACUUCUGAUAUUGGUAGCCGUUCCAUUUUUCAGUUUUCCAAAAACCCUGCAGCGUGAAAAAGAGAAAAUUCGAAUAAUAGCGAAGAGCAAACCGGUGACGACUAAAGAAAAAGAGCAGAAUAAAGAACCCAAAAAAGAACAGACAGCCGACGACACCGGCUAUGGGAAGGAUGUCAAAGACAUUCCACGGAGCAUGUGGAGACUAGUUUGCAAUCCUGUUUACGUCGUUACGUGCCUCGGCGCGUGCAUGGAACUCGUAAUAGUCUCCGGCUUCGUCGUAUUUUUGCCAAAGUACUUGGAAACCCAAUUCAGUUUGGGCAAAAGCCAGGCGAGCAUAUUCACAGGGUCCAUAGCUAUACCCGGAGCAUGUAUAGGAAUAUUUUUCGGCGGAUGUUUACUUAAGCGUUUGGAAUUGAGGCCUAAGGGAGCGGUGCAAUUCGUUCUGGUGUCGAAUAUGAUCUGUCUGGUUUGUUACGGUCUCUUAUUUUUCCUGGGCUGCGACAACGUCAAAAUGGCCGGGACCACGAUACCGUACUUCAACAGCAGCAGUAAAGGACCCGAACCGUUUCAAGUCAACCUCACUGCCGCCUGCAACUUUGGUUGCGAAUGUCGAAUGACCGACGUAGAACCUGUUUGCGGCAACAACGGCUUGACCUAUUUCAGCCCGUGCCACGCAGGCUGCACAGCGUUCAGCUCAAAAUCAAAUUUCACUAAUUGUGCCUGUAUCCACGGCAAUCUCAGCAUGAUCCCUGCAGCUGCUACGGAGUUUGCGGAAGUCACAGUCGUCCCGGUAGCGACGGCCGGGCCGUGCACCUCGCCCUGUAAAACCAUAUUUCCCUUUCUUAUUCUCCUAUUCUUUAUGACGUUCAUAGUCGCCGUGACACAGAUGCCUUUGUUAAUGAUAGUGUUGCGUUCUGUCUCGGAGGAAGAGAGAUCUUUUGCCCUCGGAAUGCAGUUCGUUAUAUUCAGAUUGUUUGGCUACAUACCAGCGCCAAUCCUUUUUGGGAACCUCAUCGAUUCCACGUGUAUACUCUGGAAGAGUACCUGCGGUGAGAAGGGUGGUCGCUGUCUGUUGUACGACAUCGAGCAAUUCAGAUAUCGAUACGUAGGGCUGUGCGCAGGCAUCAAGAUCUUGGCUCUCGCGUUAUUUUUGGUCGAUUGGUGGCUCGUCAGAAGAAGAAGACACCUAGAAGAUCAUCCGCCGCAGCUAACGGUUAACGAACUCGUGGGUUCCAUCAUUAGUUUAGAUAAAUUGUUCGAAGAAAAACCACAUCUCAAUUUAGCCGAAGGAGAUGUGACCUCUCCAAGUUCCGAGGGGCCGACACCUUCGUCGAUAUCAUCUCCUACCGAGCCGACGAAAUCAACGAAUCUCGAAGAAACUGAUUCCUCUAAUCAUACUCAAGAAUCGACCGAGACUGAUGGACAGGCAAAGGAUUUAUUAGACAUUCCCGAUACGAGGCAAGCUCCGCUGGCUUCUCAAGAUCUGGAUACCGAGAUUAAACCGCCGACAAAAAACACGGAUAUAAGUCAUCCAAGUGUAUAAUGUCCGGCGCGUAUUAGGUAUUGAAUAUACAAUUAUCGUGAGCGCGUAAGUUUGUGACAAAAUAAUUCGUCUAUCAAUGUGGGACGUGGUCAAUCCUGAGUAAGGUUUCCGAAAGAUAAAAUAUUUUCGGUAGGUGAUGUGUUAUUAAUUAUAUCUUUCCUUAUUUGCCGCGAUCGUCGAACGCAAAUAACAGAAAGUACUUCUCCGCGGAUUUGUAGUUUUUAAACUGUCUAAGUUUUCUUAUGCUAUGAAUCAAAUUCACACCGAAAGCACGUCUUUUUCUUUUCAAAGAUAGUUCAUCUCUCUGAUUCUGAGCAGCUACGUACUAUUUUACGAAAAAAAUUUAUAUCUUCUCUCAUGCGAUGGAGAGAUGUAAUUUGUCACGAACCAACGUUGCCCUCUUAAAUAUCAAUUAUUAAGAAAUUAUAUCACUAGAAAUAAAUUUUAAACCGAUUGCAAGAGAGACGUAAGAUAGAUCGAAUGAAGAUUGGUAGAUUUUAGAACUCUCGAAGAACGUCGACGAUGUUGAUUCGUACGAAGGAUGAUCGUACUUUGGAAAAUAAAAUAAAAAAUAAAAAAAAACGCGAACUCGAGGUCUAGAUCUGAAUCAAUUCAUACGAAACUUACUGUGCUAAUGAGAAAAAAAAAAAAAAACAAAAAGCAAAGCAGCAACGUAAUGAAAUUAUUGUACAUAUAAAAAUUCCUGCCUUAAGAAAUAUAAGACUAGACAAAUGAUUUAAAUAAUGAAAUAAGACGUAUCUAAAUAAUAAUAUGAAUGAAUAUAUCAUUAAAUUUAAAGAGUAAUAAGCGGUGAUUAAUUUUUUUAACUAGGGAUCAUAGGUUUUUGCAGAAAUCAGUCAAUAUAGUGUAGAAAAAUUGUAGGAUAUCGUAGUUAACUAGAAGUUAUUUUUACCCAGUACGUUUUUAACCAUGUACACUUAAAUCACGGCGUUAAUUAAUCGGAUCUUUUUCCUCCCUCAGUUUUUCGUUCGUCCCUUUAUUUUGCAGAGGGAAUUCCGACGCGAAACAAUAGAUUGAUUAAUCAAGCUACGAAAUGACUUCUGGACAAAACAAAUGAAAAAAAAAAUAAUUGUGUAUUUUUAUCCUAGAUGCUUCCAGUCUCGAGGUAAAAUUUACUACUUUAAAUUGAAAAUAUUUCAGAUCAGAUUAAGAGAUCAUAUCUUUUAUUGGCUUGUUGAUUCUAGGCUCUCUUAAUGCAAGCCGAUUCUAUUAAUCUUCUAAGCACAGCGAUAACUCUGGCUUUACACCUACCUUUUACAUGUGCAGCUGAUUUAUACAAGUUACAUAUUAAUAGCGGUAAAAAGGGAUCCGCGAUCCUGGAGUGCUCAAUUGUUUCAUAAGGUUUCAAAGUAUAAUACAUAAAGGAUGUAUAUCGCAGUUAAUUUGCAAACUUAUAUUUUCGAAUCUCAAUUAUCUGUGGUACACCGCAGAGUGUCUGUCAAUUUUUAAUUAGGCUUAAUAUAUUUUUUUUUUCUACAUAUUUCAAUUCUGAAAUUUUUGUGCAAGCAGGUAUGUUGCAAGUGCUUGAAGCAAGUCGUGGAAGAAGCUAAGAGAUCAAGGGUUCUUUUGAGAGACUGUAAUAAAUAAAGAAGCUUGCAUCAGAAUACGCUAGUUUAUUUUUCAGAAGAAACGUUUGAGGCCUAAUCGAUGAUCCCGUGGAAAUGAAUUCAGACAACGGCAAAACAGGUCUUAUUUUAUUACAGCCUUAAAUAAUUUAUAACGAUAUACAAAACUAUCUGUGUUCUUUCAGCUAAUUCCAUGGACAUAUCUUGUGAUUUAGAAUUAGGGGUGUGUGUAGAUAAUCAUAGUCAUCAUUUGACUGUCGGUAAAAUAUACCUAUGAAUUAACUACAUGCAAGGAAUGAAAAACUUAGAUUGCCUUCGGUGACAGUUUGAGAGUAGGUAGUGAUAUCACAUAUGUGGACAUUCCCAAAUGAUCAGGGAUAAUAUUUAGAAAAGGAAUAAUAUACAAAGCAUACCCAUAGAAAGAGACGAGGGAUGUUUCAGGUAAAAAGAAACGCUAAAUGAAUAUAAUAACAAUGUUAUGUAAAUAUAUUGCAAUAUGUAAACUGCUUAUAGAUGUAAAUGUAUUUUUUUUAGGGACCAUAAUGUAAGCAGAACAAUAUACUGACUAUUAAGAUUGAA